UUCUCAGAAAACUGAUGCAGCGGAGUCUUUGCAGAAUGAACGGUCUAAGAUUUUUCAGAAAAGAUGAGUUUUUUCAUUCUUAAAUCAAUAAUUAACUGCAAACUCGGACAAACGCUUAUAAAUUUCGAUAAGCCACCCGGACGGGAGUUGUGCGUAGACUUAGAAAAUGUUUUCGGAAAUAAGCGACUUAUCUCUCGAGUAAAACUUUCAAACGGGUGGGCUUUUCGCCAAUUCAUCGAUUUCACUAUCGGUGUUUCAAAAUCAGGGUUUCUGUCAAUCUAUAUUGUCAAAGAUUUUGAGUAUUGGUUGCUCGGACCAGGAUUCAAGCGGAUUUUACGAUUCGUCGAAGCUAGGGUGUCUUGUUUUUCUGAACGUAUGAAGGAUGCCCCAAAAACGACAAUUUGUGAAAAAAUCCGAUUCAAAUCGAGAGAUGCCGUUUUUAAACUGAUACAAGGAGGUUUGAGUUUUGAGAAGAAUUCACCACAAGCAGUGUGGUUUAAACAGUUGAUCAGGGUUUUUGUGAAAUCUAAAGAAGAUGCAGUAUUACUAGCUCUCGAGGAAUUUUUUCACGAAUUUACCGCCGAAACAGGAAUUUUAGUGUUUAUUCAACGCCCAUUCGCCUCGGAAAUCCCGGACUUACUAAGAGGUAUAUAUUUUUUACAACGUCAUCAUAAUCACUCGGCCUCUGGAGACAAAAAGUCUACAGCAAUUAUUCGAUUUUUCAAUAAUGCCGCUUUAUCUGGGACUGUAAACGGGAGUAGCUUAAACUUAAUCAGGCUUUUAUCGAGAAAAUUUUUUCAAUUUUGCAGACAUUACGGCGAAGCUGAAUCUCGAUUCAUUUCAAUUUGCAGUCUGUUGCACAAGUGUGCUCCGAAGACGACUCGGUCAUCAAUCAAGGCGCGAGGACCGAAGAAGCAGCCCCCGUCCUGAUACCGGCCCCUACAAGCGGUACUCGGCGAGAAUCGAUCCAAAAACGUAAAAGGGAUGGUGGAGACGAUGAUGAUGAGGCAGAUGAAGAUGAUUUAAACGACGAACGGCGGCCCGCGGAGGACCCCGCGACCAUGAAUGCUAAAGAAACCCCAGCCCUCGCUACAAUUAGUGCGCCGGAUGCUCAGCCACAGAAAAAAAAGAAGAAAAAGCGAAGAAAGGACCAUGAUCAUCAGUCCGUCCUAUGUACAGUCGAGGGAUCACAUCUUCAAACAGUGCCGCGAGUGAUGCGUCUCGAGGAAGGACCGACCAUUGCUUUAAAGGAAGUAGCCACCACCCCCGCCCCAGUCGGUACAAAUGAUGUUCAUCAUCAGAAAAAGAAAAAGGCCAAAAGGGCUAGGAGAGUAGAGCAACAUCAUAUUGUUGAAGAAGAUGGUGAAGGGCGAUUCACAAACUCGGAGACGAAACAUCUCCCUCAGGCUAAGGCCCAACACGCAGAUUCGCAGCAAGCGGAGAAGGAACGACCGUGCGCUCCAUCACCGUCGCCAGUCGUCUGCAGUAUCGUCGACGGCGGUGAAUCUCAUCUUCAAGUCUGUACCCCGUCGACGAAAAAUAAGAAAACUAAACCCGAAAGAAAUGAGCAUCGGGCUUCAACGAAAAACCGAGUGCGUGAUAAAGAAUCCUCUCAAUCAAAGAAGAAGAAGUAUCGAGAGGGUCAGCAACCCUCGCGCAGAAAAUGUUCCUCGCCCGUUAUACAAGUGCAGGGAUGUGGGGUGGCCACACCACAGGAAGUCGUCUCAAAUACAUCGUUUGAUACGGAUCCACCCAGCACUAGCGAGGAUGAUAACAGCGAGCAGGGCAAGCGAGCAGACUUCAACAGUUCCUUAUGCCAAGAGGCGGACGCUGCAGAGGAGGGGACCUUAUUUCAUCGUCUCCGGGCUCGUACUAACCUAGCACUAUCCAAGGCUGAACUCAACGUGACUCGGUUUCUUUCCAAUCACUACUCAUUUUUAUAUUCUAAUCUAACAAAUGAAACGGGACGGGCUAAUUUUAGGGAAUAUUUUCACGCAGGCUUUGAACAUUUUAUUGAGCUAAUUUUAGAAAAAGAAGUUCAACACAAGGUUUUCGUACGCUCUUCAGAGUACGCGAAACGCGUCAAUAAGGCUCAGUGCCUAGAAAGCGAGUACGCCCGAAAACAAGAGGCUAUCGCUCUUGGCGAAAAGGCAACACAAUUCAUGGAUGAGGCCCUAAUAAAAGUUAAAGAAUUUCGCACAAUUGUGCACUCGGCAGUAGAAGACUAUACCAAAGACAUAAACUAUACAAUGUUAGAUAGGGCCGCGUUUGAUGCGGAGGUUCAGUCCGCAAAAGAUCUGACCAAAAAGAUUUUUGCUCCCGUACUCAAAGCUCAACGAGUUUACGAGAAUGAAGGGGAAAAAGGGCAAUGUUUUGGGUGCGCCGAGAGAGAACUUAAAUUUAAAAGUAAUGAUAAGAUCCUCGGGAAAUGCCUGUUUGUUUCUCGGUUGCCAAGAGAACUAAGGCAGCUUGAAAUAUUCCCUAAAACCGAGAAAGAACGUGAGAAUGAGGCUCGUCUUCGGCGAGAGAAAAUCGAUUUAAACGGUCCGGAGCAGGGCGUCCGAAAACCGACCUUGCCCGGUAAAAUCCCGACUGGAGGUAAGCGGUCGAUGAUCGGCAUCAAGAACAUCAAAUGACUAUCAUCAAAAACGGGCUCACGGUUGGAAACCGAAUUGGCUUCGGGUUUACGCCGGAAAUAUCCCUUUCAUCCGAGAAGGGUGGCUUCGCCCGUUACCCGAAAAAUUGGCCCCAAGAUUUUUAGGAAAUACGCCUCGUUAGAUCAGAUACGAACUGUAAGAAGAUCUGUUUUCCAAUUCGAUCGAGUGCUGCAUUCUGCGGCCAAAACAUUAAACUAUAAGAUUCCACAGUUUGUGGAGGAAAACUUUAAAUGAGGCGCUCACGUAUAUUAGGCCUACAUGAAACUUCACUAAAUGUUAGAUUUUUUUCAGCGGACCUCCCAUUUGCUAAUGGGAAUUUGCUUGGUACGUUCAAUAAAUGAAUAAGAACGAAAUACUCCUCCCAUUUAUUUGAUAGUUGUGGUUCAUUUUUUUUUUGCAUGAGAACCGGGUUGUUAUAGUUUUUGCUCUACAAGAGAUGACCCGCGUUGGAUGUUGUUUAGUACGGAACUAUAGUAGUAAAUAGUCAUAUGAGGAUGCGUCUUGCUGCCAGGAAGCAAAAGUCUGAUUGUAGGAAUCCUGUUAAAUUAAGUAAAUUAACAGAGGUUUACGCUCUGCAUCAAGAGUCACCCAGCUUAUUCCCUCCAAAGACGCGAAUCCGGUACGACGAGAAACACUUUGGUCACGCGGCGGCGGCGGCGGUGGCGCUGUAUUGUGGAAUAGCCUGCCUGCAGUCAUACGUCGAUUGGACAAUUUGUCUCUCUUUAAAAAGGCGGGUUAAGCGUCAGCUUUUCCGAGAGCAUUUUCAAAUUGAUAACUUCUUCUCAGUGGUAAAGCGCCUUUGAAUCAUUCUUCUGAAAAGGGCGCUUUAAAAAUAAGGUAUAUACAUUAUGUACGCGGUACACCCAUACAAUCAUACUGUUAGCUUUAGCCGUUUAUCGUCUGCUCGAAGCUAAAACUGUCUCUCUUAUUUUUGCAGCAAGAUG